AUGGAGGAACCCGCUGCCGAGAAGCGCAGCGUGUCUGCGACGGCCGACGACAACGCGAAGCCGUCUACUAAUCACCGCACCGCGUCGCCCGCGCCAUCGGCAGGAGCUGCCGCGGAGCCGGACGCCGCGACGCAGGCGGCAGCCCUGGCUGAGCGAGAGGUCGCCGCGGCCAAGGCGGCAGCUGAGCAACAACAAAAGCGUCGGGAAGCAUCGCCGCAGCAGGACCGCCCACAGGCCCCUACGCCGCCGGCCGAGCCGCGGCUUCAUCAAGAGUCCCAAGAGGGGCGAGAGGCCCGUUCAUAUGAGCGGAGCACCAGCAAGCCUCUUGUUCAGUCACCAGAACGGGAGCAGAACGAGGGCGAGGAGGAGCCAUCGCCGCGACAGCAGCGGCCAAAUGGCACCGCGACAGACUCUGUGCAGCUCAACGGUCACAAGAGCAACGGCGUGGCCGAAGACGGAGAGGCAGAGAGCGAGCUCAGCGAACCCGACAGCAACCUUCAUUCACCACCCACCGCGGCGCCUGUUGCUGAGCCCGAAGACGAAAUAGUUGUCGAGGCCCGUGGUGAUAAGGAGCACAAGCCCGACGCUCCCGCACCUCGGCCGGCCAACGAGGAUGCUGUAAUGCAAGACGCUCAAGACGAAGCUGCAGUUCCUCAUUACCCGAAACGGAAGCGCACUUCUCUGUACCCUGACCUGAGUGAAACCAAGAUGGAAAACUCGCAGACAGCCCCCGCUGCACCACCUGCUGCUCCGCCCGCUGUCAAGGACGUCAGGAAGCCCAGGGCGAGAGAGACCUCGGUCAAGGCUGCCCUGCUUGGCUGCUGGAGAGACUCCCCGGUACCUGAGCCUGAGCGUCGACAUGCUGUUGUUGGCUUCAUCGACAUACGUGAUCGCCUCCGCACGCGGGUCCAGCCUCACACCACGGCCGGGAUCCCCAUUGACGACUUUCGCCUGCCUCCUGGACCCGGUGGCAGCUGGGUCACGUUCGAGCGCAUCGCCUUCGCUGAGCACCUCAUCGGACUGGAUCACCCCCAGGUCAAGGAGUAUGUGCGUUUGGUUGCAGAAAUGCAGCAGAGCGAGGCAAUGAACAUGUCGGACGAAGAGCUCGUUCAAGCGGCCAUCGCCCGCGCCAAGGCGAAUCCUGCGUACGAGAAUCCCGUGGUGGCUCCCCAGAUUGCCUAUGGUCUGGAAAUGCCCGACCGCGGAUCGGAUCGCCCCGAGUCCAAGCGCCGCAAAACGAGCACCGGCUUUGCCGCCAUUAACACGAACUCGGUGGACACUGCCACGCCUCCCCCGGACUCGGCCAAAGCUCUGACUCCGCCUCAGUCUAUGGCCUCGCACCAGACUCGAUUCUCAGUUGACCCUUUACCCGGAACCCGGCCGACGCGCAUCCUUCUCGGAUACUGGAAGCCGUCCAGCGAGCCUGAUCCCAGAGAUCGACACGCCGUCUACGGAAUUCUCGGCCAGAACGACAUGUUCAGGGUCAAGGUGGUGCGAGAAGCCCGAGACGGUCGCCCCGUUGAAGGCAACUUCCCGCAGGGUGCAGGGGCUCUUUGGAUCCAGUACGACGAAGUCGAGUUCGACGACCAUCUCAAGGGUCUCCAACGCGCUGAGAUCAAGGAAUACUGCCGCGUCCGACAGUAUCAGCUAGAUCAGCUGUUGGGCAAGGCCGAAACACCGGACCAGAGAGCUGAAAACGAGACCAAGGCGGUCGUUGAGGCACAGGCCCGUGCCGGAAGCGGCCUCAAACUUCCCAGCAACGCGCCGAGCUUCAGCACCGUUGCGUCCGCGGCCACAGAGAGCGAGGCGACAUCCAAGUCUGGCUAUGGCGGUCAUGAGCUGCGUCAGUCUCGCAGGAUCGAACCCCGGCCCGACGGUCGCAACCUCCGCCACUCCCUCAACGAGAAUGAUCUCCGAUCGACUCAGCAGCGAGCCCAGGCCGGCGGCAACGCGGUCGCCCUCGAGCGAACCAACGCCAUGGCGCGCCGUGAGCUCGCGAGAGCAGAGGCCGCCCAGGUUCGCGCCGACCGUCACGCGACGAACCGAGAGCGUGCCGCGGCAGCCGCAGCGGCCGCAGAUGCCACCACGGCUGCCGCCGCUGCUGCCGCCGCUGCUGCGACACCAGUGCCGAUGACCAAUGGCCGCGUCCUGUUUCACGAGUCUGACGAUGUGCAGCGGCUCAAUGAUCUGUGGGAGCGCCAGGAGACACUGCGCGUCAAGGCCGGCGCAGAGGAGGCCAAGUUCUACGACGGUGUUAAGUACGAGCGCAAACCCACCGGUCCGUUUGUCGGCAAGCUCGUUUCGCAGGGCACCAUCAUCAACAUUGACGGCGAGGACUACGUCGAAUAUCGUGUCCUCACCAAGCCGUCAUUCUUUUAA